AUGGCUAAACCCUUGGUCAAAACUCGGGCAAAUCUUUUGUGUCCUCUAUUUGGUAGCGCCAAAGACAUUCUGCCAGAAGAAAAUCAGCUACCAACUUAUAAAGAUUUGAUGAAAUGUUAUUUAAGCGUGCGAAUUGAGUUAAAAGAAAGUUGCUCUUGUGAAAAAAAAAGGAAAGUGCCGAAAGCAGAAUGGUCCUUUUUACAAGAUCAAAGGUCUUAUCGUAAAAUGAAAAUAGGAGAAGUUGACAAGAUUGUAACCAAACAAAUACAAAAAAGAGAAGAAAGAAAAUUUGGCCAUAAAAGGAGUGCCGAAGAGAAAGAGCCAAUUCUAAGUACAAGUGGCAUUCAAAAUAAAACUAAAGAGAAAGAGCCAAUACCAAGUACAAGCGGUAUUCAAAAUAAAUCUAAAAUGUCUCAAAUAGAUAUGGAUACCUGCAAUAAUUCUUCAACUGAGAGUUUUUCGGACACGGACGAGGAAUACAAAUGUCCAUUUUUGGUGAAACAAAGAAGAAUUGUUACACCCAAAUUUCAGCAAAUGCGGUGCAGCCUAACUCAAACAGCAAAAAUGGGUGACUUGACCGACACAUCUUAUAGGGCAGUAGCUAAAAUUGUUAAUUCCGUUUUAGAAGAUUUUAACAUUAUUUCGAAAGAUGAUCAGUCGGACGUAAUUGAUAAAAGCAAAAUAAGUCGAGAACUAAGCAAAAACCGAUAA